GAGAGCCAGAGAGAUAGAGGGGGCUGUAUCUCCACCACGCACUACACCGGUGCACCACGGGGUUCGCAUUCAAACUGACCAGCGGGUCUCUGCGCGCACACCGUCCUCUGCAUCCAUCACCGAGCAGCAGCUGAACCGGAGCCGCUCUGUUGUGUCCUUCUCAGGUCCCGAGCAGCUGCGAAGAAGAGGAGUAGGGAGGAGGUGGCGUUUCUCCUCAGCACACUGUGACUCAGCGAGGGUUUGAACCUGGACUACCUGCCCACAAUUCUCAAGCCAAACUGACCCUCCCAGCCCCCCACCUCGCUGCCCUCCACCUUCUCUGAUCUGGUCCCAGUGCCAUGGCCUUUACCCUGUCAGAAAUAAUGGCAGCCAGACGGCAGCAGACGCAGGCUCAGCUGCAGGCCCAGCGAGGCAACAGGACGGCAGUGGAAGUAGACGAAUACAGCACCAACCCCACUCAGGCCUUCACCUUCUACAACAUCAACCAGGGACGCUUCCAGCCGCCACAAGUCCACAUGGUGGACCCGAUGCCCCAUGACUCGCCCAAACCCCCCGGCUACACCCGCUUUGUGUGCAUCUCCGACACUCACUCCCGCACCGACAGCAUCCAGAUGCCGUACGGAGACGUGUUCAUCCACGCCGGAGACUUCACUGAGCUGGGACUGCCCUCUGAGGUCAAGAAGUUCAACGACUGGCUAGGUACCCUGCCCUACGACAUCAAAAUAGUAAUCGCCGGAAACCACGAGUUGACCUUUGACCAGGAGUUUAUGGCCGACCUGAUCAAGCAGGAUUUCUACUACUUCCCCUCUGCCUCCAAGUUGAAGCCGGAGAAUUACGAGAACGUCCAGUCGCUGCUCACCAACUGCAUCUACCUGCAGGACUCUGAGGUCACCGUGCGGGGUUUCAAGAUCUACGGCGCCCCCUGGCAGCCCUGGUACUACGGCUGGGGCUUCAACCUGCCUCGGGGUCAGGCUCUGCUGGACAAGUGGAACCAGAUCCCUGACAACACAGACAUCCUGGUCACACACUGCCCCCCACUGGGUUUCCUGGACUGGGUGCCGAAAAAGAUGCAGCGUGUGGGCUGCAUGGAGCUGCUCAACACCGUCCAGAGGAGAGUCCAGCCCAAGUUUCACGUGUUCGGACACAUUCAUGAAGGUUACGGCAUGAUGACUGAUGGCACCACGACGUUCAUCAACGCCUCCGCCUGCACCGUGAACUUCAUGCCCAUGAACGCCCCCAUCGUCUUUGACCUUCCUAACCCCAGGACCAGCACAUGACAUGAGGAAGCUCCCCCCAAAACACCUGCCGGCAGUGAGGAGAAAGAUGCCAGGAAAGGUAGGUGAAGACGGUGGUGGAGCGGAAAGCGACUGUGUAAAUAUUCGACACAAACGGUACGACCCGAGGGAUGGAACAGACCAUAAGCAAGGGACCUUUCCUGACGGUAUAAAUAUGAUUUAAUGUGCCAUAAUUCCUUCAUCUCAACAUUGCGUCUAAAAGGCAAAUGGACGAGCGGAGAGACACUUUUAUAUGCGGACAAAUGGACAUUUCUCUGCACUCUUUUACUGCACUGACAAUCUGAAGUGGCUCUCAGAGAGACGAUGUUGAUGGACGUGAAACGACCCAGCACCUUGUCUACAUGAGACUUUUGGCUAAGCCAUGACUCUGGGGGAUUUUACCAGAACUUUUAUCCCUUACCACUUUGAAAAUGUAUUUCCUAAUUUCUUUCCCUGUCUCCCGCCUUUUUCUUUCCUCUCCUCGCGCCCGGAGCACGAUGGAGUGUUUUUAUUUUGUAUUGCCAAUAUGUGUGUGUAUGUGAGAUCAAAGUGACUGUGUGAGGGCAGCAAGAGGUCUCUGCUAAGGGCUGUGUGAGAGUUGGGGAGUCAAACAUGUUGACAUGGCUCCCCUGAGCCUCAUUACAGCCCUCAUUAGCCUCUUAACCAGCCGAGAGGAGGACGCAGAGGAAACCACGCACAGCACUUCCUUUUCCCCCUUUCUUUUUCCUCCAUGUAGCUGCCCUUUCACCUUUUCUACUCUUAUUUUAAUUUGAAUUCCUGUCUAUCAUUCAUGUUUUGAAUGACUACCACAACUUUUCAGCGGCGACUGAGUCCCAUUCAACGAAGAAGCUACGUGCUAAAUGCUACGAGCUAAAUGCUAACGGACAGUAAUUCUGAGCCGCUAUUCUGAGAGAUAAAACUUUGUAUCCUUUUUCAAGAGGAAUAAAGCUGUAACUACAUGUACUGUAACUGGUCAAUGUAAAUGUUCUCUGUCAGUGUAAAGAAGAAAAAAACGUGAAGUUUUUCUAAAAGAUUUCCAGGUUGUUGCUAUACUUUAAAAACACUUGUUUAUAUUUGUGGUUGUUACAUUUCCUUUUGUCAAUUUCUUAGUAAUGUAAAUUCUUAUUAUGGUAUUUUCUUCUCUGUAAAGCUGCUCGGCCCCAUUUGGUGAUUAUUAACUCUUUCAUGUCUCUUACAAAUUUGUCUGUGUUUUUAAGAAGCUUUUCUUUUUUUCUUCUCCAUUGCUCUUGUUUCUGAAACAGGUCGUUCUCAGUAAGAGUCUGAAUGUGCUUAGCAUAACAAGACCAUGUCAUACUUUGAUCUUCUUGUUCUCCGACAUUAUGUAUGAACGCUCCCUGGAGCUGCAGUUUCCUCCCGCAUUCACUCUCGCUUCCUCAGCACAUCAGCAUUCAUUGUGCCAGCUGAUGUCUUAAUGUUUCCAAAUAGGCAAAAGAGGAAAGAGCAGCAGAAUUACUCACUGAGAAACCAAUUUGUGUGGAUAACGGGUGGAGGUGCGUGCACUUGUUCCAGCAUAUAUAUGUAUGCCUACGCGUUUUUCUAAUAUAACGUGGAAGUUUUAUUUUUGAAAUUCAGGAAAUUUCUGCAGAUUAAAUGUAAUGACUAAUAUUGCACAUUUGAGGCAAACUCAAAAAUAAUCAUGUCAGUCAAGUUAAAGCUGUCUUCUAGCAAAAACACAUAGGGACACAUACAUAUAAUAGUAUAAGGAAAAACGGUCAUGUCAUUGGCUGCAUUUAAUUACUCUAAUAAAGCAUAAAAACAGUUUUUUAAAUAAUCACUUAUUUUGAUAAUCAUUGCUGUUAAGCUGAAGAUCUGCAGAUUUUUCACAUUAAAAUUCCUCUCGAAAAGUGGUUUAUGGAAUUAUGGAUGGUUGGAACAAACAACUGCCUCUGCUCAAAACUUCAAUUGUUAGUGAGAAACAAACAGUUGCACCAUUUUUCUCACUUAUUUCCACUUCACUAAUUGGUUUUGGUGAAUCAGAAAAACAAGUAUUUUUGUUUGUUGAAUUCUGGCUCAAAAUAUCAUAAGGAUCUACGAUUUGAGGCAUGAAAUGGGGAGCCUUUAAAUAAGGAUAUGCAUUAAUACUUUGAAUGUGGGAUUGUGUAGAAGCACAACAUAGGGUGUGUGUGUGUGAGAGUGUACAAGGAGAGGAAGUGCUCAGCCUCAUCCUUUAAAACACCAACUUAAUUAAUGUCUACGAAGGAAAGUGUCUGAAAAAAAGAAUAAAGGGAACUGUUGAAAACCAGAAAAUGGGAGAACUUUCAUCUCUGUUUCAUAAAAAGCUUUCUGUUUGGUCCCACUCUCCACUUCCAGUCCUCAUUUAGAUGUCUCACUUUGAUGCUCUUCUGCUUCAGUAGCCGUGUUAUGUGUUUCCUGUUUUUUCCAAGAAAAAAAAAAGUGCUGUACUAUUUCUUAAAUGUCUUUCUUGAGGCAUGCUUAAAGGAGUUAAUGACUUCUGCUAAUCAGACAAUCUGCAUAUGAAGAGUUUUGUUCCAAAAUGAUAUCUCUUUGAAAAAGAAGAGACUACACAGGCAGAAUGAUUGACAGCUCAAACUUGAAAGCGGUUUGUGGUGGUACUUUUUAAAGCAUCAUUAGCACCUUCUGUUUAUGGGCUGGAUCCUCCACACUCCAACAAUACUGGAUAGAACGUCAGGUCUUUUCUUCAAAUGGAUGUAUUGCAUUUUGGAAUAAAAGUGUUCAUAUGGUGUUGUAUAUUGCCAUGGUUGUUGGGGACAUUUUUUUUUUAAAUGUAUACUAGAAAAUGAAGACCCAACCGUGGGAAAAUAUGACUGUGUUCCUGGAGACAACUCUAAAAAUGUAAAGUACCUCUCUUUCUUAAAACCAUAAGGAUUCUGCUGGUUCUGAGAGAUUAUUCACUGAUUGAAUAAAACCUUAUCUGUGACCGCUGGA